AUGGCGGCGAUGAGUUUUCUCCAUCUUCGUCUUCAUCGUUUGAAGAAAGGUAAUUCUGGAAAUUUUGUCUCUUUUAGCCGUAUUUUGAGUCACUGUUUCUGGGUUCGAGCUUAUUGUGAUUACCGACAGAUUCUGAGAACUCGUCUUCCCUCUCUUCAGUUUAACGAGGCUCUGGAUUUAUUCACUAACAUGGUUGAGACUCGUCCUCUACCUUCGAUUAUCGAUUUCACUAGAUUAUUGACUAGUAUUGCGAAAAUGAAGAAAUUUGAUGUUGUGAUCAAUCUAUGCGAGCAUUUGCAAACGAUGGGAGUUUCACAUGAUCUCUAUACUUGCAAUCUUGUAAUGAACUGUUUUUGCCAAUCUUCUCAGCCUUCUCUUGCUUCGUCUUUUCUCGGGAAGAUGAUGAAACUUGGUUUUGAGCCUGAUAUCGUCACGUUUACUUCUUUGAUCAAUGGAUUCUGUGUCGGGAAUAGAAUCGACGAUGCGAUGUCUAUUGUUAAUCAGAUGAUGAGAAUGAGAAUUAAACCCGAUGUUGUUAUGUACACUACGAUCAUCGAGAGUCUUUGCAAGAACCGACAUGUGGAUGAUGCGUUGAACCUUUUCAACCAGAUGGAAAACACUGGGAUUAGACUGGAUAUUGUUACCUACACCUCUCUCGUUAUCGGUCUUUGUGACUCUGGUAGAUGGAAUGAUGCUGCUCCGCUACUGAACGAUAUGAUUAAGAAGAAAAUCAACCCUGAUGUAAUCACUUUCAAUGCAUUGAUUGAUGCGUUUGUGAAAGAAGGGAAGUUUUUGGAGGCUAAAGACUUGUACGAUGAGAUGAUUCGAAUGUCUAUAGCUCCUAAUAUUUUCACUUACACUUCAUUGAUCAAUGGGUUAUGCAUGGAAGGUCGUGUAGACGAGGCCAAAGAAAUGUUUUAUUUGAUGGAAACCGAGGGUUGUUUUCCAGACGUAGUCGCCUAUACGUCUCUCAUAAACGGGUUUUGCAAGUCUCUGAAGGUAGAUUACGGGAUGAAAAUCUUCUACGAGAUGUCCCGAAAAGGAUUAAUCAGAAACACAAUCACUUACACAGUUCUUAUUCAAGGUUUUUUUCAAGUUGGCAAACCUAAUGUCUCCCUUGAAAUUUUUAGUCAGAUGGUUUCUCGUGGUGUGCCUCCCAAUAUUAGGACUUACAACGUUUUGUUACAUAGUCUGUGUUAUAACGGGAAGCUAGAGAAAGCGUUGAUGAUAUAUGAGGAUAUGCAAAAGAGAGAAAUGGAUAUUGGUAUUAUCACAUAUACUAUCAUCAUUCAAGGGAUGUGCAAAGCUGGUAAAGUGAAAGAUGCUAUUGAUUAA